AUGCCACCUAACAACAGGAAAAAGAAGAAGCCCGCCUCCAAUCCCGCUCGAGGAUUUGCCACGGUUUCCGUGCCAUCUAAACCCAAGCCUACUGAAUCCUCAACCCCAGUCUCCACAGCAGACUCAAAGUCCGUGUCCGUAUCCGAAAGCGAUCGUCCAACGCCCGUCGAGGGAAAGCAACCUGCAGUAGACUCCAAAAACGAAGCCCCCUCAUUACAGAACUAUACUCCCGAGGAACUCGAGAAACACUUGGAGGAAGCUGAACUUCAGCUCUUGGUUGAGAAAUAUGCUUCCAAGUGCAGAAAUGAUGCCGCCCGGCAAGUCACCAAAUUGGAGACCGAACGCAGAGUAUUCCGGCAACAAGCUGUCUCUAUAAACCUGCUGGAGUGGUUCCCCACUGAGGUUCUGCAGAAUAUCAUGCACCUGGUCGAAACGGAGGAGCGAGAGCUCAGCCCGCUACCUGGACGGGAUUCGGGAGGCCAGAAGAAAACUGUCUCGGAGGAGGAACUAUAUAUGAGACUCUGGACAUUGAAGGAAACCCUGCUUAAACUCGGCUUCCCGGAGGAGAAAGUAAACGAGGCUCUGAAGCAUAUGCUUCUCUACUUUUCUGGUAAUUUUGCCACAUCCAAUAGGGAGGUGGUUUGCAACCUGGAUGAGGCCCUAGACUGGCUCGCCUUGCAUUGCACCCCCAAGGAGUUGCCUUCUUACAUGCAGACAAAUGCGCAGCAGCGCAAUGAGUUGGAUAGACAUAUCUCUUGGAUAAAUGGUAAUCUUAGAUGCCUGGUAUCCCAUCGUGAGCCAUCACAAUCCUCCACCCCGAAUCUGGGCCCAGAUAAUAGCAAAGUGAAAAAGCCCAAAAGCCCUGUAAAGGAGCCGAGCCCUACCCUUCAGUCGAGUCCCUACGACUCGGACAGCUCCCUUGACCCUGACACACUCAUCCCAAAGUAUCUGGACUUGCAGACUCGUCUGUAUGGCCUGCGACCGGAGCUGUUCGACCAACCCAAGAAGGGCAAGAAGGGAGGCCGUAAGCCUGCUGAAGCCGAGCAAGACCCUCAGAUUGCGAGGUUGCAACGCAAAAUUACCAGCAUUGAAAAUGAUGUGCUGUUUGACCAGCAUGAGGCCGAAUACAAGUGGAGAGAGAAACUCGACGAUCUGCGCAAAGAGGCGGCUUUUGUCCGGCGCUCACAGCCCGAAGAGAAGCCUGUUUCAGAAGAAGCUGAAGAUGCAGAGCAAUCGGAGGAAACGAAAGUGACACCGGAGAACGGCGCACAGCCGCUUGACAAUGAAGAGGCUACGGAUUUGUUAGGGGACAUGUUCCAAGAUGAGGAGCCUGUCCUGGAGCUCGGUGUGAUAACAGAAGAGUUACAAAAGGCUUCUGUUAAGAUGCGCGAUUUCGGGAAAUGGACUGGACUUAGCCCCCGACGAGUGCUAGAAGAAACAUGCAAAGCAAGGGAUACGGGUUGCAAGAUCACGUUCAAGGAUAUGUCUGCUUCGUCGCAUUCGAAUAGACAAGCUCUUGAAGUAAGAUGGUCCAAACCUCAGGAGGUUCCCUUCCCUUUUGCCUGGGACACUACCACGCAUAACUCGAACGCUUACGCGACAUUCGUCUCGAUGGACUCGGUGGCAACUCCAAACUCCCAGCAAGCGGAAUCCUUCGUUUCGACUCUUGCUCUUUUCAUCCUAUUCUCACAGAACUCCAAAGAAGGCAAAGCAUACCUGCGCCUUCCAGCGGUGUGGCGAGAGCUUUGGACAGAGUUUGCGAAUGCGAAGAAGUUGCAGGAAGACGAAGCUGACAAGCAGACCGUCAAGGAUCUGAAGAAACUUAUUCAGGACAACCAUGGGGCGUUUGAAGAUGAUGUUGUCUUGUCACAUAAUUUCCGGAAGCGAAACGGAACUUCUAGCAAGCCGGAAUCUCCGGUACGGGGAGCCAGCGUAAAGGACAGCUCUGAGCCUGACGAGGAGUUGACUCGGAUCUGGACAGAAAAGUCGUCUACGGCCUCAUUCCAAUACAUGGCUCAGGGAAGGAUGAACCUGCCCAUCUGGAAUUUCCGCGACGAGAUUCUCAAUACUCUUGACACACAUCGUGCACUUAUCAUCUGCAGUGAAACAGGAAGCGGUAAAAGUACGCAGAUACCUUCGUUUAUCUUGGAGCAUGAAAUGAAGCAAGGCCGACCGUGCAAGAUCUACGUGACCGAGCCUCGCAGGAUCUCCGCUAUCUCCCUUGCCCGAAGAGUGAGCGAAGAACUAGGCGAGAAUAAGAACGAUGUGGGAACGGCGCGCUCGCUCAUUGGCUUUGCUGUCCGACUGGAAAGCAAAGUCAGCCAAGCUACGAGACUUGUGUUCGCGACUACCGGAGUGGUGGUGCGAAUGCUUGAGCGCCCUGAAGAUUUCCGCGAUAUCACCCAUGUCGUUCUCGAUGAGGUCCACGAACGUUCGAUUGAUAGCGACUUCCUCCUCAUCGUUCUUAGGCGGUUGAUGCAAAAGAGGCCCGACCUGAAGCUAAUCCUCAUGUCGGCCACACUCGAGGCCCAGCGCUUCUCCACUUAUCUUGGCGGUGUUCCUGUACUGAACAUCCCCGGUCGGACUUUCCCUGUGGAGAUGAAGUUCCUAGAGGAUGCGAUCGAAAUGACCAACUACCGGUUGCUGGAGAAUGAAUCCAAUACGGUCGAAGAGGAGACGGAUGAAUUGGCGCUGGAGACGGCACAGGGUGACACUGCCGGCGGCCUGAUGGCUUCGCUUGAUGGAUAUUCUAAGCAAACCAAAGAGACCGUGGCAAACUUUGACGAAUAUCGCCUGGAUUACCAGCUGAUCAAGCGGCUGGUUGUGCAGAUCGCCUCGUCGCCUGACAUGACACACUACAGCAAAGCCAUCCUUAUCUUCAUGCCCGGUAGGCGGAGAUUCGCCGACUAA